GGAAAAUCCUUGGAGAAAUGGCUAUGAAUAAAGCGCCGUCUUAUGACUUGAACCACUUUCGACUGGACAGAUUUACCAGAAAAUCCUUGUUUGUCAGAGAAAAAUGGCUGCCGUGUACGAUGCUAUAGUUGUUGGAGCUGGUAUAAAUGGCUCUUCUACCGCCCACUACUUACAGAAAAAUGGUUACAGAACUUUAUUAUUGGAACAGAUGUCAAGGAAGGACCCUAAACAGUUCCCACUGCCUCACACCAGGGGAAGUUCCCAUGGUCAGAGUCGAGGUAUCCGAAGGGCCUAUUUACAGGAAAUAUUUGCCAGUAUGAUGAGAGAAGCCUAUCCAAUGUGGGAACAGCUGGAACAAGAUUCAGGAACUCAACUUUACACGAAAACCAAACUCCUUGUGAUGAGUGCUAAGCAGGACACUUAUGUUGACAAAGUGAAAAAAACUCUCUCCACCUGUAAUAUGGCCUUUGAAGAGGUAUCUAACGAACGAUUAGUUAACGAGUUUAACAUCAAACUUGCAGCAGGAUCCAAGGCUAUUGUUGAUCUCGAAGCAGGAAUUCUUCAUGCAGACAAAGCCUUGUCCACAUAUCAAGAUCAGUUUGUGAAAAAUGGAGGCACACUCAUUGAUGGAAACCAAGUACUUUCUAUCAUAUCUGGUGAAAUCCACCAACUAAAUACAUCAAAAGGUACCUUCCAGGGACGAAAUGUUGUUCUCUGCCUUGGCCCUUGGGCCAAAUCUUCUUUUCAACGUCUUGGAAUUGAAUUUCCUUUAAAGAUUCAAAGAGUGACUGUUGGUUAUUUCAAACAGAAACCUGUCGCAGGUCGACCGAACAAAAUUGAUGCCCAUUUGUUUUACUAUUCAAAUGGAAAUGAUGGGUUUUAUGGAAUUUUUGAAAAAGAAUACCCUGCACUGACAAAGUUCUGUUUGCACGAUGGCCCUGAAGUUCAACCAGAUCAUCGAGACCAGGUUAAUUCUGAUUGGACAUUGGAGAAAUGCAAACAUCUGAUUGAAGAAUCCUUUCCAGGACUUGAACCGGAACCCAGUAUUGUGGAAUCAUGCCUUUAUACCAUGACACCAGAUGAUUUUUUUCUUAUGGACAGACAUCCAAAAUAUCAUAACAUUAUUUUGGCAGCUGGGUUCUCAGGACACGGUUACAAGCUGGCACCCGUGACAGGGAAAAUCCUUGGAGAAAUGGUUAUGAAUAAAACACCAUCUUAUGACUUGAGUCACUUUCGAUUGGACAGAUUUACCAGAAAAUCCUUGUUGUAAUUUUAACUAAUUUGAUGCCAACAGCACUUCCUUCAAGAAUUUUAG